AUGGGGGGCAAAAAGCGCGAGGUGGCGCGGAAGAGAGGCGGCGGGAAUGGGAGCAGCAGACCGCAGGCCAAAAAACAAAAAACCAAUGGCGGCCCAGCCACCUCCUAUUCCAAGUCGCCCUUCAGCAACACGCGCAACAAGAAGCUGAAGAAGCAGCAGCAGCGACAGGCCGAUACCGUCCUCCCCUUCACGCCGCACGAGACCAUCCUACUGGUCGGCGAGGGCGACCUCAGCUUCACCGCCUCGCUGGCCGACCACCACGGCUGCACCAACCUCACGGCCACCGUCUUAGAAAAGGACCUGGCCGAGCUGUCAGGCAAAUACCCCCACGUUACCGACAACAUUGCAAAGAUUGACGCCGCCGACGGCUGCCGCCUCCUCUACGGCGUCGACGCCCGCAAGAUGGGGCCCUACACGCGCAAGAGCGUCAAGGGCCGCGUCACGACGGGCAUGAUGGACCGCAUCAUCUUCAACUUCCCCCACGUCGGCGGCAAGAGCACCGACGUCAACCGCCAGGUCCGCUACAACCAGGAGAUGCUCGUCGACUUCUUCGCCCGCGCGGCUCUCUCCCUAGCCCCGCGCGGCUCCAUCGUUGUCACCCUCUUCGAGGCCGAGCCCUACACCCUCUGGAACAUCCGCGACCUGGCCCGCCACUCGGGCCUCGCCGUCGAGCGCAGCUUCCGCUUCCAGCCCGCCCUCUACCCGGGCUACCGCCACGCCCGCACCCUGGGCGUCGUGCGCAACAAGGCCGGCGAGGUGGGCGGCGGCUGGAAGGGCGAGGACCGCCCUGCCCGGAGCUACGUCUUUGUUCGCAAGGAGGACGUGCCCGAGCCGCCGGCCGCCGGCUCGAAGAACCCGCGGCCCGACGGCGAUGACGAUGACGAUGACGAGGACGUGCCCGAAUUGCCGGCCACCGGCUCAAAGAGGCCGCGGCCGGACGAUGACGAUGAUGACAACGACGACGACGACGAUGACGAUGUUAGUGACGAUGAUAGUGAUGGAGCUACUUCGGGUGGUGAUUGA